AUGGCGGUUAUCCAAAAACGAGUGGAUGGCUCUACGGACUUCUAUAAGACUUGGGUGGAAUACAAGAACGGAUUUGGAGACCCAACCAGAAACUACUGGAUUGGAAACGAUGCAAUUCACAACUUAACAAGGACACAUCAAGAACUACGGGUAGAUCUUUUGAGUUUUGAUAAUGAGACAGCGUUCUAUCGUUACUCAAUCUUUCAAGUUGAAAACGAGAGCAGUAAAUACCAACUUAAUGUGUCGGGACCGUCAGACAAGUCAGGAGACAGUUUAGAAUGGCACAAUGGGAUGAAGUUCACUACAUGGGAUCAGGAUAAUGAUAUUUUCGCCCAAGGUAAUUGUGGUGUAGCUCAUCACGGGGGCUGGUGGUACAACGCCUGCUCUCAUGCCAACCUGAAUGGACGAUACGAAAAUUCUGCUCUGGAUGGACCCGAUCACAUGUAUUGGAUGAGAUGGAAGAAUUAUUUAUCAUUAAAAGCGGUUGAGAUGAAGAUCAGACCCAGCAGUUAACAUCGAUAUAUACUGUGUUUAACAAAUUUCUUAACAUCAAUUUAUACUGUGUUUAACAAAUAUAACAACAUCAACAGGGUACCAAAUCUAUCAACAACUGCAUAUACCGUGUUUAACAAAUCUAUUAACAUCUGGAUAUACCCUGUUUAACAUAUAUAUUAACAUAUGUAUAUAUAUCGUGUUUAACAAAUCUAUUAACAUCUGCAUAUACCGUGUUUAACAAAUAUUUUAACAUAUGUAUAUAUACCGUGUUUAACAAAUCUAUUAACAUCUAUACACUGUAUAGGGGGAAAUAAAACGGAUCUAUUAACAUCAAUAUAUCCUCUGUUUGGCAGAUCUAUUAACAUCUGCAUAUACCAUGUUUAACAAAUCUAUUAACAUCUAUAUAUAGCGUGUUUAACAAAUCUAUUGACAUCAAUAUACACCGUGUUUAACAAAUCUAUUAACAUCAAUAUAUACCAUGUUUAACAAAUCUAUUAACAUCAAUAUAUACCGUGUUUAACAAAUCUAUUAACAUCAAUAUAUACCGUGUUUAACAUCAAUGUAUGAAGUGUUUAACAAAUACCUUAAUAUCGAUGUAUACCGUGAUUAACAGAUACCUGGAUAUACUUAUUUUACAUCAGAUAUAAUUCUACGAUGAAGAUAGAAUAGUAACUGG